GCUUGUGUGGACCAGUUGGGGGGGGGGCAUGGCCUUGUCGUUUUGCGGCAGCGACAACGGCACCAACUCCUACAGCGUGACCGAGGGCGUGCUGAACAAUGGCUGCUUCGUGGACGCUCCAACCUGUCCCCACGUCUUCCUGCUCUUCACCUUCCCCAUCCUCUUUAUUGGUUGGGGAAGUCAGAGCUCCAAAGUCCAGAUCCAUCAUAACACAUGGCUCCAUUUCCCCGGCCACAACAUGAGAUGGAUCCUCACCUUCUCUCUGCUAUUUGUCCACGUCUGCGAGUUCGCAGAGGGCAUCGUCUCCAACAAAGGGAUGCAGACCAACCACCUCCAUCUCUUCAUACCAGCCUUCAUGGGGUUCAUAGCAGCCACAACAUCAGUGGUUUACUACCACAACAUAGAGACAUCCAACUUCCCCAAACUGCUGCUUGUCCUAUUCAUCUACUGGGUGUUGGCGUUCAUUACAAAGUCCAUUAAGCUGUGGAAGUUUGCCGAGUACCACGUUGGACCGCAGCACCUGAGGUUCUGCAUCACUGCCCUGCUGGUCCUCCUGUACGGGCUGCUGAUGGCCGUGGAGAUCAACGUCAUAAGAGUCAGAAAAUACGUGUUCUUUGCCAACCCUCAAAAGGUGAAACCACCGGAGGAUUUACAGGAUUUGGGGGUUCGCUUUCUGCAGCCGUUUGUCAACUUGCUGUCCAAGGCGACAUACUGGUGGAUGAAUCCUCUCAUCAUCGGAGCCCAUAAGAGGCCCAUAGAGCUGAAGAAGAUCGGCAAGCUGCCCAUCGCCAUGAGAGCCCUCACCAACUACCUCCGGCUCAAAGACGCCUAUGAGGAUCAAAGGACAGCGGAGGAUCCGAACCGCGCCCCGUCGAUCUGGCGCUCCAUGUAUCGAGCGUUUGGUCGCCCCAUCCUGCUCAGCAGCACCUUACGCUACCUGGCCGACCUGCUGAGCUUCGCCGGGCCGCUCUGCAUCUCCGGCAUCGUGAAGUACCUGAACAAGACUGGCAGUGUCACACCGCUAGACAAGAUCAAGGGUGAGACAUAUUUAGGUGUGUACUUCAUGUCUACCACUGAGCUGCUGCAGAACACCUCAGUCCUGGCUGUGCUUCUCUUCCUGGCGUUAAUCCUCCAAAGGACCUUCCUGCAGGCCUCGUACUACGUCACCAUAGAAACAGGCAUCAACCUGCGCGGAGCCCUGCUGGCGAUGAUUUACAACAAAAUCCUGCGUCUGUCCACCUCCAACAUGUCCAUGGGGGAGAUGACGCUGGGGCAGAUAAACAACCUGGUCGCUAUAGAGACCAACCAGCUGAUGUGGUUCCUCUUCCUCUGCCCCAACCUGUGGGCUAUGCCUGUGCAGAUCGUGAUGGGAGUGAUCCUGCUCUACUACUUGUUGGGCUUCAGUGCCUUGGUUGGAGCAUCUGUCAUAGUUCUGCUGGCUCCAGUCCAGUACCGAAUAGCUACAAAGCUGGCAGACAUCCAAAAAAGCACACUAGAACACUCUACGGAUCGUCUAAAAAAGACCACAGAGAUCCUAAAGGGUAUAAAGUUGCUGAAGCUGUAUGCCUGGGAGAAUAUCUUCUGCGACAGCGUGGAGGACACCAGAGGCAAAGAGCUCACCACCCUCAAGACCUUCGCCUUCUACACAUCGAUGUCUAUCUUCAUGAAUGCUGCUAUUCCCAUUGCUGCCGUUCUUGCGACGUUUGUGGUGCAUCACUUCUUCAAUAAGACCGGUCCCACUCCUUCAGAGGCCUUCGCAGCUCUGGCGUUGUUCCACAUCCUGGUCACCCCUCUCUUCCUGCUCUCCACUGUGGUCAGAUUUGCUGUCAAGGCGCUGGUCAGUGUCCAGAAGCUCAGCGAGUUUCUUCAGAGUGACGAAAUUGGAGAUGACAGCUGGAGAAAUGGAGACACGUCUGUUUCCAUGGAAGCAGGAAAGAAACAUCUGGGGGUGACCAAAGCAAUCAACAGGAAGCAGCCAAUGCGCUACCAGAUGGACAACUACGAGCAGCCGACCCGGCGACAGAUGAGACCCACGGAGACGGAAGAUGUGGCUGUAAAGGUGAGCAAUGGAUUCUUCACCUGGGGAAGUAACCUGUCCACGCUGUCAGACAUCAACAUCUGCAUCCCCACAGGCCAGCUGACAAUGAUUGUGGGCCAGGUGGGUUGUGGGAAGUCGUCCCUGCUGCUGGCCAUGCUUGGCGAGAUGCAGACCCUCGGCGGAAGAGUCUACUGGAGCAAGCUGCCUGAUAAUGAGACGGUCCACGAGGGGAACAUAAGUUGGUCAGAGACAGAGGAGUCUGGCGAAGACAUCAGGAGCAAGAACAGAUACUCGGUGGCCUACGCUACCCAGAAGUCCUGGCUGCUCAACGCUACGGUGGAGGAGAACAUCACAUUUGGCAGCCCGUUCAAUAAACAGAGGUACAAGACCGUGAUAGACGCCUGCUCUCUGCAGCCAGACAUUGACCUGUUGCCAUUUGGAGACCAAACGGAGAUCGGAGAGAGGGGCAUCAACUUGAGUGGAGGACAGAGACAGAGAAUCUGCGUGGCCAGAGCUCUCUACCAGAACACCAACAUCGUCUUCCUGGACGAUCCCUUCUCAGCGCUGGACAUCCACCUCAGUGAUCACCUCAUGCAGGAAGGAAUCCUCAAGUUUCUGCAGGAUGACAAACGGACUGUAGUCCUGGUCACCCAUAAACUGCAGUACCUCAUACAUGCAGACUGGAUUAUAGCAAUGAAGGAUGGCUCUGUGCUGAGAGAGGGAACUCUGAAGGACAUUCAGACUCAUGACAUUGAGCUUUAUGAUCACUGGAAGACCCUGAUGAACAGACAAGACCACGGCCUGGAGAAGGACGUACAGCAGGACAGCCAAACGACACUCGAGAGGAAAACCCUGAGGAGAGCUUUCUACUCCAGAGAGGCCAAGAACCAAAUAGACGAUGAGGACGAAGAGGAAGAAGAGGAGGAGGAAGAUGAUGAUAACAUGUCCACAACCACUAACAGAAGAUCCAAGAUCCCAUGGAGGGUGUGCUGGUGUUACAUGUCCUCCGGUGGUUUCUUUAUGGCCUUCCUGAUGGUGUCCUCCAAACUUCUCAAACACUCUGUCAUUGUUGCCAUUGACUACUGGUUGGCCAUCUGGACUUCCUCCAAAACCAACCAGAGUGCGGGAGCAGGACCAGACGCGGCCAAUGGAACCAGCCUGGUGGACGGUAUCGGUGGCAACUCUACGCUGCCCACGCCUGGUACUCCGCAGGCUGAGGACGACUCCUACAACCUGCCAGUGUUCAUCAUCUUGUGUGCGGCUGGAAUCACGUUAUGCCUCAUCACCUCUCUCACCGUGGAGUUUCUGGGUCUUUCUGCAGCCACCAACCUGCACCACAAUCUGCUCAACAAGAUCAUCCACGCCCCCAUCAGGUUCUUUGACAUCACUCCCCUGGGGCAGAUCCUCAACAGAUUCUCAGCUGAUACCAACAUCAUAGAUCAGCAUAUUCCUCCAACACUGGAGUCUUUGACGAGAUCCACGUUGCUGUGUUUGUCGGCCAUCGGGGUCAUAUCCUCCAUCACUCCAGCUUUCCUGAUCGCCUUGGUUCCCCUGGCUGUGGCCUUCUACUUCAUCCAGAAGUACUUCCGGGUGGCCUCUAAGGACCUCCAGGACCUCGAUGACUCCACACAGCUUCCUCUGCUCUGCCACUUCUCUGAGACCGCUGAAGGUCUAACCACUAUAAGAGCAUUCAGACACGAGGCUCGUUUUAAACAGCGUAUGCUGGAGCUGACCGACACCAAUAACACGGCCUACCUGUUUCUGUCUGCUGCCAACCGCUGGCUGGAGGUCCGAACGGACUACCUCGGAGCAGUGAUAGUGCUCACAGCAGCAGGAGCCGCCAUAUGGAGUUUACAAUACGGCCUGUAUUCUGGAGGCCUGGUGGGCCUCGGACUCACCUACGCCCUCACUGUCACCAACUACCUGAACUGGGUUGUGAGGAACCUGGCAGACCUGGAGGUCCAGAUGGCAGCGGUGAAGAAGGUCAACAGCUUCCUCGGCACAGAGUCGGAGAACUAUGAGGGAUCCAUGGAUGCCUCUCAGGUGCCCGAGAACUGGCCUCAGAACGGCGAGAUAAAGAUCCAGGAGCUGUGCGUGCGCUACGAUCCCAUGCUCAAACCAGUGCUCAAACACGUCAACAUGUUCAUCGAACCAGGCCAGAAGGUGGGAAUCUGCGGUCGCACUGGCAGCGGCAAGUCUUCUCUGUCCUUGGCUUUUUUCAACAUGGUGGAUAUUUUCGAAGGGAAGAUCGUCAUCGAUGGGAUCGACAUCUGUAAGCUUCCUCUGCAGACACUCAGGUCGCGGCUCUCCAUCAUCCUCCAGGAUCCCGUGUUGUUUAGUGGAUCGAUAAGGUUUAACCUGGAUCCAGAGAAGACGUGCACUGAUGACCGGCUCUGGGAGGCGCUAGAGAUCGCUCAGUUGAAGAACAUGGUGAAAGCGCUGCCCGGAGGACUAGAUGCGGUUGUGACCGAAGGCGGAGAGAACUUCAGCGUCGGUCAGAGGCAGCUCUUCUGUCUCGCUCGGGCUUUUGUCAGAAAGAGCAGCAUCCUCAUCAUGGACGAAGCCACAGCAUCGAUAGACAUGGCCACGGAGAACAUCUUACAGAAAGUUGUGAUGACUGCCUUUGCAGACCGAACAGUCGUUACAAUCGCACACCGCGUCCACACCAUCCUAACCGCCGAUCUGGUCAUCGUGAUGAAGCGAGGAAACAUUUUGGAGUACGACAAACCCGAGACUCUUUUGGAGCAGGAGGACGGGAUGUUCGCUUCCUUCGUCAGGGCUGACAUGUAGACACGAGAAGUCAGUCAGCCGACGCCGUCAACUGAUCAGUUGGUUGGAUCUGCUUCUUCUAGUUGUUUUCUUAAUGAGGCGGACAGAGCUCUGUGACACUGCAACACUCCAGUGAAGCCAAUAACGUGUGUCUUUAACGAGCAACUUCUCUGUGUAUUUAACUGAAAAACACCAUCCAGAAACACUAAUGAUCACCGGAUGAUAUACAUAUUUGAAAAAUUGUACUUGAAUCAUUCAGUCACUCAGCCAUUUAAAAUACUUUUUUUCAUCUUUUUUUAAAAAACAUUUAGAAACACCAUAUAUAUUUCAAAUGAUGAACCAAUUACUGAGUCUAUCAAUCCCUUGAUCCACUUAUUAGAAUGUAAAUUAGCAACUAUGAUGUUUUUAUUUCAGGCGUUUCAAGGCAGUAGAAAGUGCAGAGUUUAGAAUAAAUCACUGGAUCUGCAUGGACUCGGUCAUUUCUACUGAAGAGUUGUUUAUCGGAUAUAGAUUUAGCUGUUUAGGUUAUUGUAAGGAUCAUUUCACAUGGAUAGAAUUUCAAAAGCCUUAAAUAAGUAUUUGUUACAUUUAUUUUAAACAUAUGCAAAACACGUAUCAGUUUUAUUCUUUGUAUUAUGCAAUAAUAAGUAAGGGAGAAAUUUGUAUUUAAAAUCCUCCUUUUUUCUUUUUUUAAAUAUCUGAAUGUUGGCUUUGGCCAGUUGUUCCUGUGCUCUGCGUGCAUGAAUGCAUCGUGCAAUCCCUUUACAGGACUUUAAUAACACCAGGGUUCAACGCUGAGGUUUUUUUUCACUUGUCCGGUUCAUUUUUACUGGCUCCUAAAGAAAUGUCAAAAGCGUUGAAAAAAAGCAUCAAAAAGCAUCAAAGAAAUAUCAAACGAUAAAGUAAUUUGUGAUACAGUGAUGCCCUAACAGACAAGUGGGUUGUUACGUUGUUACAUUCACUUGCCCGGCAUGGGGUUUUAUUAGCCCCGGGCCAUCGGACAACCCUUAUUGUUGAACCCUGAAUGCUAUCUUUUAUUUUAGAACCUGGUGUAAUAGUGCUGCAGUUGUUUUACGUUUAUUUCUGUCAUAGAAGAAAUACUGAUAGAGACACUCAGGAAUCAGUUUUUAUAAACCUUUUAUUGCCUCCGAGUGUCCUGGCAGAUAUGUAUUUCCCCGAGGCUGCGGUCACGUCAUGUCAGAAGUUGCAGAAGAACUGGAUGAUGUCCCUUAACUACAACUUUUGGAUUGUAAAAUGAAUUGUUGUGGCCAUUCUUCUCCUGAACGAGUGUCACAAAGAAAGUCAACAUCCACUGAUUUGCUGCUAUUUUUGGAGUAUGCUUUGAAAACACUUCUGCAGUUUGUGACGCCCAAAGUGACACCAGACUUCACGAUGUCUUCGUCCUUCUUGGUGUUUCCCACCAGGAGGUCGAUCUGUGUGUCUUUUCCCAAGUUUGUCGUUUCUAGAACAAGAUCAGCAGACGUCUUUGAUGCAGCAGCAAAGCUGCCACAAUCAGAAGGAACAUCAUGAGCGUGUGUGGCCAGUCGGUGUAAAGAGGGAAGAAACGUACCAAAAAAACCAAUCCAACAUUUGCUUUUUCACACAGACAAAAUGCUUGAUUUGAACUUCCUUAAGAUUUGAUGUAAUUCCAUUCAGUUUAUAUAUGAAAAGGAGGCAGUGGAAAAGAAAAAGAAGGCAACAGAAGCUGAACAUGGCACAAGACAAGACACAGCACAGAAGCAAAAAGAUUAGAUCAACUUUAUUACAAUGUUUUUUAACUUUAUUACAUUUAGAAAAAGCACAACCCAAACUGACUCUUUAUCAGGUACAGAGUUAGCGAAGUGACUCACAAAACUCUUGAUUUGAAAUCAUUAAUUUUCAGGAUGAAUCUGUCUAGAGUUAAACUUGUCAAAGUUGGUUAGAUUUGUGCAUUUAUACAACUUUGCGAGCGACGACAGCAGCAACGUACCGUGUCCAUUUAACCAAAAUUAUAAGGUUUAAUUGGGAUUUUGGAAUUGUUGAAACCGAUGUUUUUUUUGCCACUUUUUUGUCGCCUUUUUCAUGUUUGUUUUUUUGGACAUUUUUACGCUUUUUCAAACAUUUGACACCUUUCGACGUUUGUUUAAGUUUUUUUUUUUUUUCUUUUUUCAACAAAUGUUUUUAAUGUUUUUGUUGCUUUAAAAAAAAAUACAUGCAUGAAUGCUUCGAGACCUCCCUAGAUUGUUGGACAUCUCUACCUACACUAGUACAAACACUGUAGGGUGUCGCGGCUCAGGCUGAAGCCCGUGAACCCGCUGUCUGUCUGCGGUCAUGCUAUGCUGAACUUAUUAUCCUCGGGGACAAUAGACGCCCAACAUGAGCUCCCAUUGGCUGCAGAGAUGUGGACUGAUAAGGCUUUCUGAAAUACUGAGUUGCAGUUGAAACUGUCUGAAAAGAUUCAGAAUCCAACGAUACAAAGUUCUCAAACGUAAAUCUGCAUUAAAGAAUAUUUCUAAUCCUGACAAUGAAUCAGAAGUAGAUUCAAAUGUAUCCACAGAGAACCUGACCAAGCGUCCGUACUUUAGGCAGAAUAGAGCUCAACAGUCCCGCCCCUCAUCCGAGAGACCUUGGGAUCUAAAUUUCCCAUUCAUUUCUCCCAUUGACAUCUGGAAAAUUCUGGAUAUAAAGAGUUUUAGACCAUGCCUUAGGCUAACCAGCUACCACGUGAAUCAUGAACAUACAACAUAUCAUUUUUAGUGAAAAAACGAACAGAAAAU